GUGAUACAUUCAUUCUGGAACGGAGUAACGUGUUGCUGGUUGUAAGCAGGUUGUAAGUUGUAUUGUUUAUUAUAUUAUGUGCGUGAUUAAAAACGCAUUUAACAAUGGAACGUAAGAGCAACAGCUGUUUUAUCACUGCACCUGGAUUCUGUCCGGAUUGCGGAUCAAUUCUGCCAUUAUUGGACGGAAAGAAAACAGUGGUUACAUGUUACGCAUGUAAAAGGAAAUGGAAUCCAGAAAUCUUUGGGGAUAUGGAAAUGACAUGUACGAUUCACUUUAAUUCUAAAGACACUUAUGUAUCCGCCAAAGAAGCCAAUGAUAGUGAAGAUGAGGCAGAUGGACCAAUUGUAGAACGACCAUGUCCUCAGUGUCAAAACAAUAAAAUGUCGUAUGCCACAUUACAAUUGAGAUCUGCUGAUGAAGGACAAACUGUAUUUUACACAUGUACCAAAUGCAAAUACAAAGAAACUGAAAAUUCUUAAGAGAGCCCAAUCCGUAACGGGGGCGACAGACAUGCCGCACUUGAAGACACCCUUUAAAUCCAUGGCGAGUGUCAUGCCGGUCGCGUAUCCACCAUAACUCCAACCCCAUAUUGCCGUUCUUGCACGGUCGAUGAAGGAAAACUCGUUCUGCAGGUAUCUGCAAGAAAAAGAAAAAACUUGUAUUUUAUAAGUGCUACUUUUUUUUACAAGUGGCAUAAAAUCUUGUUGAAAGUACCAUGUUGAAGAGAGUAAAGAUAUAUGAUGGCUUAUAUUAUUAUAAAUGAAUAUUACAAAAAAAAUGUUAAUGGGAAUCUAGUGAUUUCAUUUCGUAUCGCGAAUUACUUUUCUAGAAGAAAAAUGGUAGUAGAAAGAAGAGAAGAGAGAGAAUAUUUGCGGGAAAAUAUUUUUCUACUUAUA